AAUCCAUGAUCCCUAUGAUUAUGAUAAGAACAAUCAAGCUUUGAAGAUAGUAGACUUUUCCUACAGUGUUGACCUUGGGGUGCAGCUAGAUGUUUUUACCCUCAGCGGCUUUCGGACUGUACAGCUCCUGGAAGGACAAAAGAUCCUGGCUAACUGUUCUUCUCCCUACCAAGGUGCGCCGCUUCCUGGGCUAGAGACAAGCACCAGCCUGCAUUGGAAGAGGGUGAGGCCCAGCUGCCCAGGAGGAGCGGCCAAGGCCUGCGGAGGACUGGCCCAGGAAGGUCCUUGGUCUUCCCUCUCCUCAACGCCUAAGAGAGCCGCCCACUGAAGGGUGAGGAGGCAGAGGAAGAAGAGGCGGAGGGAGGAAGGCGCGGGGAGGCACCAUGUUCCGCAAGAAAAAGAAGAAACGCCCUGAGAUCUCAGCCCCACAGAACUUCCAGCACCGUGUCCACACCUCCUUCGACCCCAAAGAAGGCAAGUUUGUGGGCCUCCCCCCACAAUGGCAGAACAUUCUGGACACACUGCGCCGCCCCAAGCCUGUGGUAGAUCCUUCGCGCAUCACAAGGGUGCAGCUCCAGCCCAUGAAGACAGUGGUGAGGGGCAGCUCAGUGCCCGUGGAGGGUUACAUCUCUGGGCUGCUCAAUGAUAUCCAAAAGUUGUCAGUCAUCAGCUCUAAUACCUUGCGUGGCCGCAGCCCCACAAGCCGGCGGCGAGCACAGUCCCUGGGGCUGCUGGGGGAUGAACAGUGGGCUACCGACCCAGACAUGUACCUCCAGAGCCCCCAGUCUGAGCGCACUGACCCCCACAGCCUCUACCUCAGCUGCAGCGGGGACACACCAGCAGGCCACAAGCAGAUGCCGUGGCCCGAGCCACAGAGCCCAGGGGUCCUGCCCAAUGGGCUGGCCACCAAGGCACAGUCCCUGGGCCCUGCGGAGUUCCAAGGUACCUCACAGCACUGCCUACAGCUGGGUGCCUGCCUGCAGAGUUCCCCACCAGGCGCCUCACCCACCCUGGCUGCGGGUCGGCGUGGGAUGAAGUCUGCCAAGCAUGGCUCAGAGGAGGCCCGGCCACAGUCUUGCCUGGUGGGCUCAGCCACAGGCAGGCCAGGUGGGGAGGGCAGCCCCAGCCCUAAGACCCAGGAGAGCAGCCUUAAGCGCAGACUAUUUCGAAGCAUGUUCCUGUCCACUCCUGCCACAGGCCCUCUGAGCAGUGGCAAGCCAGGCCCUCCACCACAGAGCAAGCCCAACUCCUGUUUCCGACCGCCACAGAAAGAUUCCCCGCCAAGCCUAGUGGCCAAGGCUCAGUCUUUGCCCUCGGACCAGCCAGUGGGGACCUUCAGCCCUCUAACCACCUCGGAUACCAGCAGCAGCCCCCAGAAGUCCCUUCGCACAGGCCCUGCUGCUGGCCCGCUUCCAGGCCGGUCCUCCCCCGCGGGCUCCCCCCGCACCCGGCAUGCCCAGAUCAGCACCAGCAACCUGUACCUGCCCCAGGACCCAAUGGUGACCAAGGGUGCUCUGGCUAGUGAGGACACGGGUGUUGUGACGCAUGAGCAGUUCAAGGCUGCACUCAGGAUGGUGGUGGACCAGGGUGACCCCAGGCUGCUGCUAGACAGCUACGUGAAGAUUGGCGAAGGUUCCACAGGCAUCGUCUGCCUGGCCCGGGAGAAGCACUCGGGCCGCCAGGUGGCUGUCAAGAUGAUGGACCUCAGGAAGCAGCAGCGCAGGGAGCUGCUCUUUAAUGAGGUGGUAAUCAUGCGGGACUACCAGCACGUCAACGUGGUGGAGAUGUACAAGAGCUACCUGGUGGGCGAGGAGCUGUGGGUGCUUAUGGAGUUCCUGCAGGGCGGGGCCCUCACCGACAUCAUCUCCCAAGUCAGGCUGAAUGAAGAGCAGAUUGCCACUGUGUGCGAGGCCGUGCUGCAGGCCCUGGCUUACCUGCAUGCCCAGGGUGUCAUCCACCGAGACAUCAAGAGUGACUCCAUUCUGUUGACCCUCGAUGGCAGGGUGAAGCUCUCAGACUUUGGAUUCUGUGCUCAGAUCAGCAAAGAUGUCCCUAAGAGGAAGUCUCUGGUGGGGACUCCUUACUGGAUGGCUCCUGAAGUGAUCUCCAGGUCUUUGUAUGCCACUGAGGUGGACAUCUGGUCUCUGGGCAUCAUGGUGAUUGAGAUGGUGGAUGGGGAGCCACCCUACUUCAGUGACUCCCCAGUGCAAGCCAUGAAGAGGCUCCGGGACAACCCCCCACCCAAGCUGAAAAACUCUCACAAGGUCUCCCCAGUGCUGCGAGACUUCCUGGAACGGAUGCUGAUGCGGGACCCCCAAGAGAGAGCCACAGCUCAGGAGCUCCUGGACCACCCUUUCCUGCUGCAGACAGGGCUGCCCGAGUGCCUGGUGCCCCUGAUCCAGCUCUACCGCAAGCAGACCUCUACCUGCUGAGCCCAUCCCAAGUGCACCUGCCACCUAUGCCCAUAGGCAGGGGACACUGGGCAGCCAGCCUGCCGGCAGGGCCUACCUGCCUCAUUCUCUCAGUAUUCUCUCCAAAGAUUGAAUGUGAAGUCCCACCCCACCCUCCUGCCCCUCAGCCCACUGGGCCAGGCCGGACCUGCCCCCUCAGUCCCUCUUCCUCCCCCAGAGUCCCCAGUUGCCUUUGGGAUGAUGGAGACCCCUACUACAGAAUGACCCCUUGUUAUUUGCACAGGGAUAUUUCUAAGAAACGCAGAGACUGGCACUCCUGGCCACUGGGGCCAACACAG